AGAACUUCAAGCUUCAACUUCAAGUUGAACUUCUUGAACGAAGAGAGCGCCUUCUGAAGGAAUCUUGAGCGCCAGCUUGCAUCGAGCCCUUGCAAACGAUAGCUCACCUCUUCAUGACACAUCUUAUACCCAUGUAGGUAAUUUCAAUUCGGGGCUCAUUCCAGUGAGAAGGACGCAUUAAGAAGGAUUUUAGGUGCGGUCAAACAUUGGGCUUGGUGGGACUGCACGUUUGGCAUUGAAGUCCUCGCUGAGGUGAACUCCAGCAGGAUUCUCUGAAGCUGCCAGAUUUGGCAGCUCUCUCCACUUACAUCAGGCCCGGGGCGGCUCUUGCGGGCGCCGGUCAGCUGCUGCCGGUGGGCAUGGCGGCGCGGGCGGGCAAGCCGGUGAACCGCAUCAUCCGCUUGAUAGUGGGCGCGGGGCAGGCCAAGCCCGCGCCGCCGGUGGGGCCCGCACUGGGGGCGCACAAGAUCAACCUGAUGGCCUUCUGCAAGGACUUCAACGCAAGGACAGCCAAGCUGAAGCCGGACGUGCCCAUGGCGGUCAGCCUGACAGCAUACAAGGACGGGUCGUUUGACUACGAGUUACGGUCGCCGUCGGUGUCGUGGUUCCUGAAGCAGGCUGCGGGGCUGGAAAAGGGCAGCGGGCGCGCGGGGCACGAGGCGGUGGCGGCAGUGAGCGCCAAGGACAUCUACGAGAUUGCGUGCAUCAAGCAGGGCGACCCCAACCAGGCCUACAUCCCCCUCGACAGAAUAGCGGACAGCAUCAUGGGCACCGCGCGCUCCAUGGGAAUAGACGUACAAACAGGGGACGGCACGUGAUCGGAGGUAUUGCCGUCUACAAACUGAAGACAAACGUCUCUGUAUACAAGAAAGGAAAACAACCGGUCCGAUUUAGUACUGUUUGUGAAUGCAGGCUUACCCUGAGGCCGACAUUCUUCAAUAUCUACUUGAUGAUUAGGUGAGGCUUUCAACUUUCAAAAUCAUUUCCAAGCUUGACUUGACAGCUGCCCCUAGCUGAAUCAACCUUUAUAUUGCAAGUGCCAUCGAGGGUCGGCCACUCAAC